UACACAUGUCUCCCUCCAGGGAGGAUCACAGGUUAUGGAUAUUGCUUUUGCCAUGUGUAAUGUGUUUAUAACAAUGGGUUGUACCCCACAGGCACCAGACACCAGCAUUCAUUUAGGGCAAGUGAGAAUGGAAGGAGGGUCAGUCCUUAUAGAUAAGGAAAGCAGAAAUAACUCACAUAGGAAAGAGCGUUGAUUAUAACAGACAAGGCAAGCUGAGCUGAGGAUAAGAUAUAAUGGAGAUUGUAGGUAAACAGAAAUGAACUCUCAAAGGAAAGAGCCAUUAGUAGUUAUAAAAGACAAUGUAAGCAGAAAUGAAUCUAUAAAGAUUGAGAGGAGCUAACAUUUAUGGUAGAAAAGGGAGGCAAGCAGAGAUUUACUCAGGAGAAGAUGGGUUUGUAAGCAGAAACAAAUUCAAGAAGGAAAAUGCCGCUAGCUAUUCUGAUAGACAAGGAAAGCAGAAAGAAACUAUGGUUAGCAGCUAGGAUAGACAUGAAAAAGACAUGGAAAAAUACAUGACAAUGGAAAGAGGGGUUGGCAGUUGUGAUACAGACAUGACAAGUUAAUCAAGAAUAUAAUCACACAGGAAAAAAAGCGGUUAGUAUUUCUAUAGCUGACAUGAACUAAAACGCAUAGCAAUUGUGAUGGACAUGGGAAAGCAUGGAACAUAGAAUAACAUGAGCUGUAUAAGUGCUAGGUCUUUCCCAGGAGGGGACAAGUCUGCUGCUAAGCCCAGUACAUGCCAGACGGUGUUGUGGUGCAUACAGGAUAUCCUAAAAAUACCACUCGGAAUAUGUGGCAGUUGCACUGACAUUCGACCUACAGACAGACACGUUUCCGAUGUGGAACUCUGAUUACUAGUGUCGUAUCUAUUAAGUGUAUUGCUGCUGCUGGCUUCUGUGCAUCCCACACUGGGGUGGAUCAGCUGCUAUUCUGUAAAUCAGCUAAUGACAUGUGCAUGGACUCAUUGCUGUGUGUAGCACAUAGCCUGUACAUGGGCUGGCCAGGGAUGGCACAUGUUUCACACCACAUUAAUUCUGCUGGGAAAUGUGUGCAUGAAAUCCCCCACACAGGCGCCUUAUGUCCUGAAUAAUUAGUCUUGUAUUGUAGUAUAUAUCACUCAGCUACAUCAGCAAUCUCUCUGUGUUUUUGCCCCUUCCGACCACUGUCCUUCCUUGAUCUGGGUCACAUUUAUUUCCUUUUACAUGGAAUCUAUCACGUUGAGAUGGAGCAAGGAAAGGCUUGUAAAAGCUUAAUAAUGAUUCUAGUCAUAACCCCCCAGAGUAUCCCAACUAAUAUAUUUAGAGCCCUACAUGUGCCACAAAGUUCCUUAGUGAAGGGCUGGAAUAGGGUAAUAGAAGUGAAAUGCACUACAGGCUUUGGCCAGCAGGUGGCACACAUAUGCUGAGCACUCCCUUCUCCCUGGGAAAUCAACCGGGCGGAGAGGAGCACUGAGUGGCUGCUGCCGUCACUCUCAGCCUAUUAAAUCCCUGUGCUCCGCUUGCUGCCUGUCUGGCACAUUGCACGCCUCUAUUGACUCGCUCUUACUGCUUUCUCUCCCACACACACAGCCUUGGAUCCUACCCUGUAGCACCCUGUAGCUUCCUGGCGAGGAGAGUGUGAGCGUGACAAGAGGUGUCCAGUAGCAGCAGCAGAGAAUGUUGGAAAGCAGCUGUAAGGUGGUGAAGGAGGGACUGCUGGAGAAGAGGAGUGAUGGCUUACUGCAGCUGUGGAAGAAGAAGCGCUGCAUUCUCACCGAGGAAGGACUUCUGCUCAUCCCUCCCAAACAGCUGGAGCAGCAGCAACAGCCAAGUCAGCCAGCCGAGCCCGCAAGGAUCAAGGAGCUACACUUCUCCAACAUGAAGACAGUGGACUGCGUGGAGAGGAAAGGCAAAUACGUGUAUUUCACGGUGGUGAUGACAGAGGGGAGGGAGAUAGAUUUUCGGUGCCCGCAGGACCAGGGCUGGAAUGCAGAGAUCACCCUGCAGAUGGUGCAGUACAAGAACAGACAGGCGAUACUGGCAGUGAAAUCCACCCGACAGAAACAGCAGCACCUGGUCCAGCCGCAUGGGCACCGCAUCAGGAGCGCCUCCAACUCUGCAUAGCUGCCUGCAACUGCCAUCCACUCAUCUCUGCCAUCUGAUUCCAGGUCUAACUGAAAAAGCACUUUAAUGGGCAUCGCAAGUAUUUUUGUUCAGCUCAUCUUAUAGACACAUUGUGGAAAAGAACUGUACCAGGCUGUUUCGGUGGAUGUAAGAAGCAUACAGUGCCAGGCCGCUAAGCCAGACGAAUGAUUGGUGUUUUCCUUGGACCAUUGGAAGCAUUUAGUAAAUGGGAAAAAUACAAGAAGCAGAUGUACUUUCAUUUUUUUGUAAUCUAUUUAUUUCUUCAAUUUCUGCUAUUUGCCAAACUCCACUGCAUUUUGACCACAAAGUCAAAUGUAAAUGAAUGUAUGCAAUAAGUGGCGCGCAGUCUGACUCACCAGCUGCCCAAGUGCAGAAGGAGAAUAUAUCUUAUUAAACUAUCCAUAAGGUAGUCAAAGGGCACAACGGAAUUCAUUUGCUAUUUGCAGAAGAUACAAGCAAGCGGUUCUGCAGAGCUCCACAAGUCAUCUUAAGCCUUAUAAUAUUUUUAUUUUCCAUUGCCGAAAAAUCACCAAGAGGGAAAGAGAAGGGAAAAAAAAAAUCAAACAGUGGUUUUGUUAACAAUUCUCAGUUCAUGUUGAUAUUUCAUUUGUUCGUGUUGUCAGAGGGAUCAGCCACAUUCCCUUGCUCUUCUUUUUUGCCAGAUUACAGCAUCUUUUGGUUCUGGGCAGGAUCCAUGAGCUCUUUGGAUCAGCAGUCUUGGGUCCCACCCAGAUUUCUUUUCAGAGUCCAUAGCAGCUCUGAUGCCUCGUUUCUGUUAUGUAGACGCACUCUCUGCUUAUUGGACCAAUGUGUAUCUUCUGUGGUGUUAAGUGUAAUCAGCCUUCAGCAUCGUUCCCAUGGACAUUUCAGGGAAUUUUAAGGUUUAUAAAAAUGAAUUGUGGGUAGGAGACCAAUGUGGUACAAGAGCCAUGUUCUAACACUCUGGACUUACCAAAACAGAGUGCUCUGGUAUGUGUGUACAGUGGGCUUGCAUCUGAAAUAUUCUGUAACAUAACUCCAAGGGGGAAUUAUGACUUUUAGCAACUUCUUAUGUGUAGGUGCAUGUGUUAGUAAUUGAAGGUAAAACAUAAGGAGAAAUCAACUAAAUGAAGUUGGACAGUGCCUUGCACCUAUAGCAUAGCAACUCAUAAACAAAGGGAUGGUUUGAUAGAUGUUUAUGUUGCCAGCUCACUGAUGCAAUAUUUUCCAUCUAAUAUCAAUCUGUCAAUAUUUUAAAUGAACAGAAUACAUCAUUAGAAGUGUUGCCUCCCCUGAUAACUGUAUGUUAAUCUGAUAUAUUAUGCACUGAUACCACUGAAUACACUGCUGUUUCAGUUGUGUAUUGAUUUAUUCAUGUUGUAUAUAUUAUUUACAAAUAUCCAACUAAAAAUAAAUUCCUACAUUUUUAAAAAAACAAAA